UGCGUGGCACCGCCUCUCGUCUGUAAGACAGAGCCGAGGGCUUGAAUUACCCAGAGACACGAAACAACGUUAAUGCUCGUAGCUUGUAGCCUAGCUAUGAACCCCUGCAACAGCUAAACCUAGCUGGUACACACUUAGCGCCAACAGUUAACUGACUGUAUUGCUAAUUUACUAGAUCUGUUAAACAUAACCAGAUCAAAUGGUUUAUGAGCCUGUGCAGCCAUGGGUGACAUGAAAACCCCAGAUUUUGAUGAUCUUCUGGCUGCCUUUGACAUCCCAGAUGCCACAGGGUUGGAUGCAAAAGAGCCCAUCCAGGGGAGUCACGAGGAGACAGAGAGUCAGCUGAAACACACAGGGAUAUGUCUGGAUGACAGCUUAUUGAGUAACCAAGCUGUCACAACAGCAGAUAUUCCUGCUGUAAGUGUUAUUGUGAAAAACACAAGUCGCCAGGAGUCGUUGGAAGGUUUUGGACCAGUAUUACAAAAUGGAUUUAGGGGACAAGAGACCUCCAUUGACUCUGUUGAGACAACUAAUACUGGCUUUUCCAAAUCAUUUGUCUCUGCUUUGAAUGGGGAGAGUUCAAGAGAGCUUCUUGGAAAAGCACCUGUUCAGCACAAACCUGAUGGAACACCAAUAUUUUCCCAGUCACUUUCUCAUUUUAGUCCCAUCUCCAGUCCUGAGUCUGAAGACGCUCAAUGUAGUAGAGAUGAAAUGUAUCCAAAACAAGAGAGACCCUGUUUCCCAGAAGCUUCAGUUUUGGUGGAACCUUCAAUCCCAGACAUUUCAAAAAAACUGGAUCUCAGUAUGUUUGAUGACUGUGCAAAGGACUCUUUUAUUCCCAAGAACACUCAGAGGAGAAGAGAAGACAGUAGUAGAAGCGAGGAGCCCGCUGACGUCUGUGUCGGUAACGAAAUGGAUAAAACACCUAAAAUACACAGUGCACUUCCCCCACCAGGCAGUAUCCAGAACUUUAUUGAGACCAACUGCAAUUCAGAAACCACAGUGAAUGUUCCCACUUCUUGUCCACAUGUCAAAUAUCAGACAUCUGAAUUAUCCUCUUACCUUGAGGCUCUUGUGGCUCUGAAUGCUAGAAAAGAUCCCAGAGAGCAGACAAAUCCCAGAGAGUCAUCAGCGGUUCAAAAUGACUGCAUGAAAACAAGCCCCAACGUACCUAUAUCCCCACGAAGCCCCAGAAGUCCAAUUGAAGCUGUGAAACGGUUAAUGAAACCCUCUGAUAGCCCCGUAAGCAUCUGCAGUGAUAGCAGUGGCAAAGCAUCCCCUGCAGUGGCAUCUGGGUCACCCCCUGCUAUACCCAGGGUCAGAAUUAAGACCAUCAAAACCACAUCUGGGCAGAUCAAGCGCACAGUCACUAGUGUGCUGCCGGAUUCAGAAACAGAUGAAGUUCAUUCUGCAUAUGAAUCCUCUCCAUCACAGAGUAUGAUUAGUGAAGAUUCUUACUGUAAUAUGUCUCCUCAUCAGUCUCAAAUUGCAGCUGUUGAUAGGAUUGUUGGAAUGCAAACUAAAGUUACCCCAGCUAGUACAUCUUCACGGAAAGUUAUACACAACAGAUCAGAGGCUAACUCCAGGAGGUCAGGCACAACGCAGUCUGCAACAAUAUUCCAUAAUACUAGUGGUCCUGUCAAACGAUCUGUUGCACAUCAGGGACAGAAACCAAAGAGAGGAUCAGCCACAUUAGGCCAUACAACUAGCACAAACUUCCUUCCCAAAGCAAUGCACUUAGCUAGUCUGAACCUGGUCCCUCACAGUGUUGCCGCUUCAGUAGCUGCACGAUCCACCUCUCAUCAACAAAGCCAACACACACUCUCCUCUACAGUGUACAGCACUGUCCCACUGGUGCAUCAGGUCAAAACAGCUAAACCUUAUCCUUGCACGUCCAUCCCCAACACAGCAGCGGGAACCUUAAACAGACUGUUGAACAAUGCCAACCCUGUGCCUACAUAUGUGCCAAACCUGAACCCCCCUCCAGAGAGCAAUAUCAACCUUCCACUGCGCGGAUAUUGCUGCCUCGAGUGUGGGGACUCCUUUGGGGUGGAGAGGAGUCUUGUGUAUCAUUACAGCAGGAGGAGUGUUCACAUUGAAGUAGGAUGUACGCACUGCGCAAAGACAAUGGUGUUCUUCAACAAGUGUGCCUUGUUGGCACAUGCGCGAGAACACAAGAACAAUGGCAUGGUGAUGCAGUGCACACAGCUCCAUAUGAAACCCAUAGCAAUGGAACAAAUGUUUGUACCCCUGAGUACUGAAUCUGUAAACAUGGACUCUUACACCUCACCCUCACCUAAAAACCAACCUGUCCUGCCCCUAUAUCCAGACAAUGUCAUUCGUCACCGACUCCGUUGCCUGGAGUGUAACAAGCAGUUACCUGACUACAAAGCACUUGCAGGCCAUUACCAGAGGCAGUCAGAAGAUGUGGAAGGACUAAUGUGUAAGGUGUGCUCAAUGUUGUUACCCAACAAGUGCAGCUUUAGAGCUCAUGAACGCAUUCAUGCACACAAGUCCCCGUACUGCUGUCCUGAGUGCGGUGCCCUGAGUCGUUCUGCAGACAUACAGAAGCAUGUCAAAGAAAACUGUCUGCACUAUGCUCGCAAGGCUUGGUACAAAUGUCUUCACUGUGAUAUGGUUUUCAAGACCCUUCAAGGACAAAAGACUCACAUUGAGGAGAAACACUGUGAAGUCUUUUACAAGUGCUCCAUCUGUCCAGUUGCCUUCAAGACCUCCGGCAGCUGUGAAGUGCAUUUAAAAAAUAAACAUAGUGCUAACAAAAUAUCCCCUCAAUUAAUAUGUAAGUGUUCAUGUGAGACAGUUUUCAAGAAGAAGCAGUUACUGUUUCAGCAUUUCCAUCAGAAUGCCAACAAGCGUGUUACGUGUGUAUUCAAGUGUCCAGAAUGCAACUCGGUCUUUUCACAAAAGCAGCUGUUAAUGCAGCACUUCAAGGAUGUUCAUGUAGGAAACAUGACAGCAGAGACAGAGAGGAGCAGUAAACAAACAGACAAUACUGACUGGUACAAGGGUGCUCAUUCCGUCCAGCAACAGAAGAGUCACAGCCCAGUUAAACACACAGACAGUCCCAGAAAAAAGGCUGAGCAGGACAGCGGACCCCGCAUGAAGCCCACCGGCUGGACAUGUGGGGUUUGUCUCCAAUGGUUCCCUGAACGAGACUCCUAUGUUUCUCAUGUGAAGACCAAACACGGAAAGUCAGUGAAAAAGUAUCCAUGUAGACAUUGUGAGCAGUCUUUCAACUCUACAACCAUUUUGAGAAGACAUAUUCGCAAUGACCAUGAUGGAAAAAAGAAAAUUUACACUUGUUGGUAUUGCAUGGAUUCCAAGACAAUAUUCACAACGAGUGUGAUGUUGAAGAAUCACAUCAGUCUAAUGCAUGGAAUCAAAAAUCCUGAUCUCGGCCAAAUGCCGAAAACAGCCAUCCAGGAAUCAAAAAAGGCUUUGGGCAAGGGGCUUGUAUCAGAAAGACCUGCCGUGGACACACAGGAGAGGGGGCGGGAUUGCACUUUCAGUCUCGAGGCUCCUUCAGCGAAGCGCCAGAAAACUCAGUUUCGCUGUUCAAAGUGUGGUUUCAUUACAGACAGCAGUACACAUUUCCAGCAGCACAUACCACAGCAUAAAACUGAUGAAAACACUCCUCAGUGCCUUCGCUGUGGCCUGUGUUUCACAUCUGUGCUGUCUCUCAACAGACAUCUUUUCAUUGUACACAAAGUCAAAGAUCCUGAGGAAGAGGGGAAAGAAGAAGAAGAAGAAGAAGAGGAGGAGGAGGAGGAGGAGGAGGCAGAGGUUAGGGAGAAGGAGCAGGAUAAUCAGCCAGUUAGAUCAGCAGAUACUGAUGAGGUGAAUGACUUGUUACUGGAGCAGAGUGACAAGACCACCGACUGUAAUUUAAAACUGAGCACUCACUCUCAGACACAAGCAGUCUCUCUACGGUAGUGACAGCCACCUCAAUACCUCUUUUUAAAGCUGCUUGAUUAUCUUCAGUUUUCAUGUGAAAGUAACAAGGGAUGUUCGAUGUUCUGCAUGGAGGUGGUACAAAGUGUUUAGGCCUUUGUAAUUUUGAAAUUUCUUUCAAGUUAUUCAGAGAUUGCGCAGUAUAUUCAAGCAGAUCCUCAACAUUUAGUAAAGAGCAGUAUUUUCCAUUAGUGAGGACAAAUUAAUAUCCAUUUUUCAAUUGUUUUUAUUUAACUUUGCAUGUUGGUAGUAUAUUCGUCUUGCCUUUCAGACAUAACUGCAUUCUUUCUAUGUCUUUAUUAUUAUUUUUUUUUUCAAAUGUUCCAUCCACCCUGACAGGAGACUCAGGAAUUUCUGUUAGUUCUUAGGUCUGAUUUGAUUGAUGUAACAGUGAAGGGGUGGAUUUUCACCUUUGUAAUCAACUGUAAAUUUAAUUGCUAGGAUUUUGUGUGAAGUAUUUAAUGCCACACACUUUUACCUGAAUGGGAUUCAGGUUGCAGUUUGUAUGACAUGGCUGUGUUGCAAUUAAUUUGCAGUACAAAGCUAGAAUUUGAUUGAGCAUUUUUUACAAAACAUAGUAUAAUUCAAUAUUCAUUUAAAAGCCGUAUUUCUGCGUUCUUGGUAAACAGUUAUCUGAAAAACUAUCCUGUGAGAUCAAAUUCAGGCGAGUUGUCUUGCUAAGUAACGUCUAUUAAAGUUAGGCUACACUUAAGAACAAGACUUUCUUUUGACUAUCUAAGCACUCUGAAAUGCUUUUGUUUUUGUUUAUUGAACGUGUUUGAUUUGUGGGUGCAUGUGCCUUUUAAAAAAAAAAAAAAGAAAAGAUUUGUCUUUCUUUUUUCUUUGAGUGUUCAGGGGAAGCAUGGAGAGGUAUUAGAUGUGUGGUGCAGCAGUAAUGAAAAUACCUCAAAUUGCCAGAAGUGUAUUUUUCAGGCAAGUGAACAGUCAGCGUUAUGUCAAAUCAGGGUACAUUGUUUUGGAUAAUCCAGAGCAGGUGUGAAAGUGAAGUUUGGCUGCAUAUCGGAGAUAAUGUUUUGUAAGUCAGGACCUCUUAACAUGAAGUUGCUCAUAAUAAUAAUACUAGUAGGAUCUGAGGAAUUUGUUAAAUCCAUGAGGACUUCAGAGGACAGACAUUUCUUAGAUCAGUGCUCAUAAUGGUGGGUGCUUCUUGUUCGCAGGUCCUGAUUUGUGAAGCAGCACUUAUUGUUUUGUAUUGAAUACAUGACAGUUCCUACCUCCAUGGUUAAUGGCAGUGAUUGUUAAACGACGAAAGGCUUUGAGGUGUCGCAGGUAAUCUCAGUGCAAUGUAAAGAUUAGUUAUAGAAUGUGUAUUAUUCCACAAUAUUAAAUUUUAUAAAUUAUUUUGGGAAUGAAAUUAAGGCUAUGUGGUCAUAUUGACUUGAUUUGGCAAGUGAACUUUUCUAUGUAAGUGCUAUAUGAGCUCUUUAUUUCUCUGUUAUGUUAAGUCCUUAAAUCACCACGCUGCAGCCAUUAAACUGCAGAGGCUGAAAAGAAUGACUUGUUCUUUUGUACUGCUCAUUGAAAGAUAUUUGUACUUUUCAUACUGUGUACAGUGAGGACUUGUAAAGGAAAGUAACCUGUGUACAUACAGUAGCCAGUGAACCCUGGAUUCACAGCAUUUCUUAAGCCAUUACAUCUAUUCAGCAUGCAGUGGCCCGUGUGCCUUGCUGUAAUGUUCACGUAAAGUACUUACAAAUAAAUUGGUGCAUAUAAACAUA